AUAGAUAACAGGAGCUUAGGAUGCAGUCGAUUGACAGAGAAGAUGUUGAGGAAACGGACAUCUAUGCCAAUGUAGAUGCUGUAAACAAUGUCUGUACUAGAACAGACGACUCGGACAGCACGAAAAACCAAACUUUCCAACCCACAGGAAGUGAAAAUGUGAGGAAGAGAAGUUACAGAUCAGUUACAGUGUGUUUGGUGCUGCUGUGUGUUCUUCUACUGACUGCAGUCAUAGUGCUGUGUGUCCUCAUCAAUACAAACAAUCAACAGUUUAACAUCAAGACCAAAAACAUCACAGAAGAGAGAGACCAGCUACUAACCAAAUAUACCAACAUCACUGAAGAGAGAGACCAGCUACUAACCAAAUACACCAAACUCACAGAAGAGAGAGACCAGUUACAAGCUAAACUGGUUGUGUUAACAGAUGGAUGGACUUACUAUCAGUCCAGUUUGUAUUUAAUUUCAUCUGAGCAGAAGAGCUGGAGUGACAGCAGAAGAUACUGUAGAGAGAGAGGAGCAGAUCUGAUCAUCAUUAACAACAGACAGGAACAAAAUUUUAUUCAGAAUAAUUAUGGUAAUGACAAACACUGGAUUGGUCUGACUGACACUGAGGUAGAGGGCAGAUGGAAAUGGGUUGAUGGCAGCACACUGACCUCUGGCUUCUGGAAGUCUGGAGACCCCAACAAUCUGGGAGGUAAAGAAGACUGUGUUGAGACUGAGUCAAAAGGCCACAAUGACUUUAGAAGAACAGACGAUUUGGACACCAUGAGAAGCCAAAAGUUCCAACACACAGGAAGGGAGCGUGUGAGGAAGAGAUGUUACAGAUCAGUUACAGUGUGUUUGGUGCUGCAAUUUGUUCUUCUACUGACUGCAGUCAUAGCGCUGAGUGUCUUGAUCAAUAUAAACAAUCAACAGUGUCACAUCAAGAAGAAAAACCUCACUGAAGAGAGAGACCAGCUACUAACCAAAUAUACCAACAUCACAGAAGAGAGAGACCAGCUACUAACCAACAAUACCAAUCUCAGAGAAGAGAGAGACCAGCUACUAACCAAAUAUACCAACAUCACAGAAGAGAGAGACCUGCUACUAACCAACAAUACCAACAUCAGAGAAGAGAGAGACCAGCUACUAACUAGGGAUGGCGAAAACUAA